AUGACCACGAACCGUUUACAGCUCAUUGCAUUGGACAAAGAAGCUCAACGUCAACUGGCUCGCUACGAUUACGACAACGCGCUUCAAACUGCUCAACAAAUGAUGAAUCUCGAUGCCACCUACGAUCGAGCAUAUUACAAUGCCGCCAUUGCUCAUUUGCAAAAGGGAGAUUACGAAGCAGCAAAGCGUAACGUGGAACCUUAUCGAAAUAUACCGGACUUUGUCGGUAUCUUUACUCAUGCAACGAAACAACUACAGAUACAAAAGCGGCAAAAGGAGGAAAAAGAACGACGACAAGACUUUUCGAGCACUGGGUUUCGACAGGAUUUCACGAACGUUUUAUCUUACGAGCUUAUAUGUCAAGUGUUUGAAGAAGCUCUGCAAGACGGUUUCACGGAAUUUGUUCGAUAUACGCGUGUCAGUCGCAGAUGGCGCGCGAUCCUCAUGAGUGAUGACAUUUGGAAGCGUCAAAAACGUCUGUUUGCAAAGAAAUUUGGAUGGAAGGCAGAACAGGAAUCCAUGCUUGAAGCAGGGCUUUUUCAUCACGAGCUGGCACUUUCUGUUUCGUCUACCAUGACAGCGAAUAAUGGCUUAAAGGAAAUAAUGGAAACAGGAACAUGUGAAUUGGCGCGUACAGUUCUUUCUGGGCCAAUGGAUUGGAUACUCAAAGUGAUCGACUCUAAUGCAACCACCCUACGGGAUGUGGCCAUCUGCAAUAAGCCGUGCGGCGACGAUACCAUUGAUCUUUUACGGUCAUUAUCGAAAUGCAAGAAAUUGAGCCGUUUAUGUCUGAAGAAUGUCAACAUCACGCAGCUCAAUCCUAAAUUAUCCAAUGUCACGCACACGCAAAAAAGCAGACAUCUCAGCUCUUUGCUCAGUCCGCUUAAAAACCUCGACUUCCUCAAGAAUUUACGGUUGACCCGUCUCGAACUUCGUCCAAUCCCUGUGCAAAGCUCACUCAUGAAGAAUUGGAUCAACGUGCAGUCAUUAGUGGAGAUUUUACGCUGUUGCCCUUACCUUCAAGAACUGUUGAUCGACCCGAGGAGCUACGAAGAAGGAAGUACAUUGCGUAUCCUCCAGGCAUGUCCACCGAGCCUUGUAUUGCUCUCGAUUGAACACGAUGACUACAAUAGCUCUCGAGAAUUACCAGUACUACAACUACCAACAACAACAACAACAACAAAACAAUCACUAUGGAUAGUAGCAGCACCAGUAUCGCCACCUCCUUCUCCGCCUGUCACCUUCAGCUACGGCAAAACAAGUAAUGUAAAAGGUUCAUUGCGACAUCUCACAAUCCAGAUUGACACGAGCCACACACUAGCGUACGAUGUUAAUGCUGCGCUCGAUCAGUUUGGACAAAAUCUCGAGACACUUCAUCUAAGCACCUGUGUACGGCAGAUGUCAAUUGAAACACUUACCGAACUGAUAGAAGAGAUUGUCUGGCAUUGUCCUCCAUCAAUUCGUACGUUGAUAUGGGACUUGCCGAUAAAUCAACAAUGCUGGCAAGUGCUGGCUAGUCCUAUCAUGUUACCACAUCUUGAGCACUUUGUUUUCCAAGGUUGGAAGCAUCCUCUAUGUCGUGACGUGAGCCAAGAGGAGCUAGCCGAAUUCUUCCAUAAGGCUACAAAGCAAGAAAGAACAACAUUGUUACGUCGAGUGGAGCUCCACCAAUGUGGUUCGGCGAUCGAUACAGAAUCUAUAAAUGCCAUCACUGCACUUUCAGCGCUGCAAUCUUUGCGAAUUACAGGGUCAUUGGACGAUGAACAGGUUUCUUUAUUGAAACGCGUUCAAAACGAGCAUCGACAUCUGGAAAUUGUCUAUGACAAAACAAAGCAGUAG